AUGAAUGACAAGGAGAUGGAGGACAAUGUUGUGGAUGAAGAAGUCGGUUCCGGUUCGAGUUUGAGUGCUUAUCUAGAAGCCUGUCGAGAGGGGUAUAUGGACACAGUGGUUGAAAUUCUAGGGGCGGGUUCGGUAAAGGUUAAUGAUACUUUAGACGAUGGUAUUACAGGAUUGCAUUGGGCGUGUAUCAAUAAUCGAUUAAAGUUGGUAAAAUACUUGAUUGAACAAGGUGCAGAUCCCAACAUAAAAGGGGGAGAGCUUAAUGCCACGCCGCUCCAUUGGGCUUGCAGACAAGGGCUAGUUUAUGUUGUUGACUACCUCAUAUCCAAUACUUUAGCCGAUCCGAACUUGCGAGAUUCCCAAGAUUAUAACGCAUUGCACUUGGCGGUCCAUAGCUCCAACAUUAUUUUAGUUGUUUAUUUAUUGUUCAGUUGCUGUGACGCUCGCAGUGAGAAGAAGAUGUAUGUGGAUGAUCCCGAUAGCUCGAAUCGGACUGCGUUGCAUUGGGCUAGCUAUCAAAAUGAUGUUUUUACAGUUUAUGCAUUACUCAAGUUUGGUGCAGAUGUUAGUAAAGUCGAUACUACCUUAUUCACACCAUUGCACUGGUCGUUUAUGAGAGGCUACAAGAACGUGAUGAAAGCUCUAGUGGAGGCAGGUUCGGAUAUCUUUGCUAAAAACGAUCAAAACAAGGAUAGUUUUGAUGUGGCACAAGAUAUGGACUGUGUAUAUACUUGGAAAAAGGUAUUGGUAGAGUGUGGAAGAGACCCAAAGCACAACUGGAGUUUAAAGAAGCAGUGGAUUCUGCCAAAGACGGGGAAGAUUAUCACAUUUUUGGCACCAUACGUCAUACUACCAAUUUCAUUAGCUAUCUGCACCACGUCCAGUGGGUUGGCGAUACCAAAGAUAUUUGCGUCCUUUACCGUUUUUGCAUUUUGUAUCUACCUUGUCAAGUUGUUCAUCAUUCCAACAUAUAUAUUAGCAAACAAUCCAUUGCCCAAAUCCCCUAUUCUUGCUGGAGUAUUUUCCGCGACUGCCUUUUGGUGUAUCAUAGUGUGGCUAUACAAUAUCCUACCGAAACUCAUUUUCAAAAAUUUCAUUGCCAAUUUACUUCUUUCCGCAGUGAUUGUUAUAUUUGUAUGGUCGUUUUUCAAAGCAAUGUUUAUCAAUCCCGGGUUUGUUCCAAUUCCAACGGAUAAUGCAAUUAUUCAUCAACAGAUCAAGGAAUUGAUAUCGGAAGGCAAGUUUGACACCGACCAUUUUUGUGUAAACACGUUUAUUCGCAAACCAUUGAGGUCAAAGUAUUCUCGUCAAAACCAAAAGUUGGUUGCCCGAUUUGAUCAUUAUUGUCCUUGGGUUUACAACGAGGUUGGUGUUCGAAAUCAUAAACUUUUUAUCACCUUUGUUUAUGCAUUAAACUUGGCCAUUUUGAUAUUUACCUACUUGUCAAUUGAGUAUUUUGAUGCAGCUAAAGAUGGGUACGAAUCAGAUGACGAAGACAACAAAAUGUUUUUUUGUUCAUUAAUUGGCGAGGAUUUAUGUUUUGGAUAUAACAACCAUCAGUUCCAUUUCAAUUUGAUGAUUUGGUGUCUUUUACAGUAUAUCUGGAUAGUGUUUUUAUGUGUGGUGCAAACUUUUCAAAUUUUGAAAGGAUUAACCACUUGGGAAUUCAGUUUGUUGAGCUUUCGCAACUCAAACAAACUCAAUUAUUCUACAAUACCAACAGAUAUAGUCAAUGAUGCAAGCCAACCGGUAGAACCUUUCCCCAAAAGACGACAUAGCGAGUUCCUGACGUGCUUGCACUUGUUGGGUAUUGAUCAGUUUAUCUUGACUAUCAAAAUGACCAUAGCUUCUUUGUUUUCCAAGGGGAAGCAGUUGGAGUAUGAUCCGCUCCAUAUUGCCAUACCCACAGAUUAUGGAUUAAAGCAGAAUUGGCUAGAUUUUUGGAUCAUUGGAGAGGUCAAGUGGAGAAACAUUUUUUAUUUGCCCAUUGAAGGAGAAAACAAUUUAAAUGGACAAGUUGUUGAUUAUUACAAGCUAUACGAGUAUCCUUCUAAAUCUUCAGAAGAGAUAAUAUAA